CCUCCGUCAACGUCUGGGCACGUCCCCCUGGUGGCGCGGGCCACGCACCGCCGUGCAUUUAACCUCUGCCCGCCCGGCGCGAAUGUGAGACGCUGCCCGGGCGGUGCGGGGCGGCUCGCACUCCUGGCGGCGGGCAACGGCGGCGGGAGCCCGGGCCUGCAGCCCCGGCCGGGCCGACGAUGACUUGCUACCGAGGCUUCCUGCUAGGCAGCUGUCGGCGCGUGGCGGGCGGCCGGGCGGCGGCGCUGAGGGGGCCGGGCACGCCGGGAGGCCCCGCGGCGCGGCCGCGGCUCGGCGGCGACGGUGGCAGCGGCGGGCGGCACCUGGGGCAGGGGCAGCCGCGCGAGCUGGCGGGCCGUGGCAGCCGCCCCGACGGCGGCUUCCGCCCCUCCCGGGUGGUGGUGGUGGCCAAGACCACCCGGUACGAGUUCGAGCAGCAGCGGUACCGUUACGCGGAGCUCUCGGAGGAGGACCUGAAGCAGCUGCUUGCACUGAAAGGCUCUAGCUACAGUGGACUUCUGGAACGACAUCAUAUUCACACCAAAAAUGUAGAGCAUAUUCUUGAUAGUUUACGGAACGAGGGUAUUGAGUUUCGUCUUGUAAAGAGGAGAGAAUAUGAUGAAGAGACCGUUCAAUGGGCGGAUGCCAUCAUAGCUGCAGGAGGUGAUGGUACAAUGCUUCUGGCAGCAAGUAAAGUCUUAGACAGACUUAAGCCAGUUAUUGGAGUGAACACUGAUCCAGAACGGUCUGAGGGUCACUUAUGUCUUCCGGUUCGGUACACACAUUCCUUCCCAGAAGCCUUACAGAAGUUCUAUCGUGGUGAAUUCAGGUGGCUAUGGCGGCAGCGAAUUAGGUUAUACCUUGAAGGGACUGGCAUAAACCCUGUUCCUGUGGACCUUCAUGAACAACAGCUAAGUUUGAAUCAACAUAAUAGAGCCCUCGAUGUUGAGAGAGUUCAUGACGAAACGUCUGAGGCUUCAGGACCCCAACUCUUGCCAGUGAGAGCCCUUAAUGAAGUCUUUAUUGGGGAAAGUCUGUCCUCAAGAAUGUCUUAUUCUUGGGCUGUAGCAGUGGACAAUUUAAGAAGAAGUAUACCCACUCUAAAGGGACUGGCUUCCUACUAUGAGAUCUCAGUUGAUGAUGGUCCAUGGGAGAAACAGAAGAGUUCAGGGCUCAAUUUGUGUACUGGAACGGGUUCAAAGGCCUGGUCAUUUAAUAUCAAUAGGGUUGCAACUCAAGCUGUGGAAGAUGUCUUAAAUAUUGCAAAACGACAGGGAAAUUUAACUGUUCCAUUAAAUAGAGAACUGGUAGAAAAAGUAACAAAUGAAUAUAAUGAAUCGCUGCUCUACAGUCCAGAAGAACCAAAAAUCCUUUUCAGUAUUCGAGAACCAAUAUCAAAUAGGGUUUUCUCUAGCAGUCGUCAGCGUUGUUACACCUCAAAGGUCUCUGUUCGUUCUCGGUGUUGGGAUGCUUGUAUGGUGGUGGAUGGAGGAACUUCUUUUGAAUUCAAUGAUGGAGCAAUUGCUUCAAUGAUGAUCAAUAAAGAAGAUGAGCUUCGAACUGUGCUUCUAGAACAGUGACAAAUUUCCUUCGAUGACAUUUUGGAAAAAUGGAAAAAUAAUUUUUCUUUAGAAACAAUCAUCCACAAAGCUACAACUUUUGGUUAUUGUUGGGACCGGUUGGCACUGGGUUCAAAGGUGACCAAGGAAGUAAGAUUUGCAUUAUUCUUCUGUGGAUGCUAAUGAAAAAAUGUGUUCACCAUGUAAGAAAAGGGUGCACUAAACUGAUCAGAAUUGAUACCAGUGAAAUUUUUAUAUUGUUUACAAUUGGUAUGCAAGAGUGCUGGUAUCUUUUUUUUAAAUUUAGAGGUAGGCCCAAAUAAAGGAUUACAUGUUUAGGAUUUGAAAUUUAACUGUAUAAGUUUGUUUUUCCUUCCCUUUCAUUCCUCCUAACUUUGUGAAAUUGGUCAGACCAACCACUUAUCAUUUGACUAGUACCUAUUUUUAUAGUACUUAAGAAUCAAGAUUUUUAAAGAAUUUUAAUGAUGGAGAACUUUGAUAAUUCUCAACAUUGACCUAAGUGAAAUAGGCACUUUUUUUUUAAUAUGUGCUAAGAAUUUUCUAAUUCAGAACACAAUAAUAUUGUUGACUAUUUUGAUUUAAGGCUCAAUUAUUUUUGAAAUUAUUUGUAGACAUUUUCAUUAAAUUAGCUUUCAGGUUAAUUUUGACAGUGCUGGGUGAAAUAACAUAUUUGGACAAAAUCAUAAUAUUAUUUUUCCAAUAGCUAUUUCGGACACAUAAUUUUCAAAAAAUGAUUGAGUUUAAUAGAUUCUGUAUUCAGCUCUCCAACAUGAAUAUUCAAAGACAAGAAGGAUGAACUGAUUAAACGUUAUCUUAGGAGUUUGUUAUCACCUUCAAAAUUAUUUUCUUCCAUUAGAAGUAUUGUCAGAAAUGGAUUGUUUAGUAAAUAUGCAAAACUUUAGUUUUGGAAUUGCCUUACUAAGUUCAUCUUAAACUCACACACUAACUUUUGCAGAUAAAAUUCUAAUGUUUUUAUUUUUCCCCAUUAUGAUAAUUUAUUUUUGGAGGAAAUUAUCUAAUUCUUGACCUACGUAAUCUUAGAAUUUCUACAAAAGCACCCAUUAUUGCAUGAGAAUCAGAAUUCUCAUGUACUAUAUUCACAGUUUUACCUGCUUUGUUUUAUACUUGCUUUAAAAAAUUUGUUCAGUCAUUGAAGUAUUUAUUGAAUGCCCUCUCUGUGCUAUGUACUGUGUCAGGUGCUGGAAAUAUGUUGAUGAAUGAAACAGUAUAUCUGAUAGAAUGUGAGUUCUGUGAGCACAGAAGUCAUUCUGUGGUGUUUUGUUAACAUUUAACAUGUUCUUGUUGGAUUUUUUUUAUGUUACUGUACAACGUUAAUCUAGGUUUUAAUGUAUAUCCAGAACAGGAUCAUGUCUAAGAAUAUUUUUGUAGACACUCAUAACAAAGGGUUUACAUGUGUACAAUUAAAAUUAGUGCUUUCCCAGAGCUGAAUCUAGUUUCUGGUCUGAUUUACAGGUGAUAUUCUUAAGAUACCAUACAGUAUAGGAACUUCCUCUAAUAUAUGUCUAAACCCUUCUUGACAAAAAAAAAAUACCAAUUCCAUCUUUAAUAUCAAGGAAAUCUGCCCCAAAUGGUACCAUAAAUAUGUUAAUAUAUCACAUAUUGAAAGGUGACCUGCUGUUCAUAAGCCAUACUUGAAAGGUUUUUAAAAUUACUUAAAUGUUUGCUUCAUUUGUAACAUAACUUCUAACAUUUCUGCUCUAUGGUGGGAAUUUAUAUGUAAGAAGUCAUAAGAAGCAAAGGAUGUUAGCAGAACAAAUGUGUUUUUAUAAAUGAGUUAACCUUUCAAUGGCAACUGUAUGUGAAUAAAAUUAAACCACUGUUUUGUCUAUUUUUACUUCA